GCGGAUACCAGAAUCUACAGAAGCAGCAGAACCCAAACUGAAGAAAUUAACGGCAAAGAUGUGGCAGGAAAGCACAGGCUUGAGAAAGUAAAGACGGAAACAGGAGCGAAGAGAAAUGCAGGGCUCUAUCAAAGUCACCGUCCCUGGAGAUGUUUCCUGCAUUUGCACAUCCUUCGAGAGCACCCGCCUGACCCCUGUCAACCAAGGGAGCAAAGACGCGCCCGCAUUCAAGGCGCACAGUUGGAAUGUGACACCAGCCAGCAGAAGAAAGGCAAGAGGCACGAGGCCAGACUUAGGAUGCCAAGGCCAGGAACGAGGAGACAGGAGAGAGCUGCGACAGAGGCAUCGGGCGGGGCGGAGACCGCAUCAAAAAGCAAGAAAUCAGUUACCAGACAGCAAUUCUGUCCUCCGGUGAAACGUUAUUCCUGGUACCCCUGCAGCCUCGGUUCCAUCCCUGGCUUGGAAACGGAGAUCCCACAUCAAGCUGCUGCUCACCGGGGCCCCCACCCCGACCCCCCCAACACACACGAGCGGCACUCGCUGUCCUCUGGAUGUAAAAGAGCACUCACUCUCUUCAUCACGGCCGGAAGCUUCAGGCUCCACAGCGUCCUGCUGCAGUUCUGCGACAGUGGCUCCAUCGGGGCUAGGCCUCGGCCGUCCUCUGCUUCCAGAGGAGACACCUCGACGUCAGCCUUCCUCCCUCUGCGGUUACCCUUUUCCCUCCUGUGGAGAUUUUACAGAGUGACUGAGGCUACAGCUUGAGACAGGAAACAGCCUUAACCCUGAGGUCGCGGUAUCCAGGCAGGGGAAGCCCCCUGAGCCCCAGGAGCCGCGGCCCCGGUCUCCUCAGGGCCACCGCAGGCCCUCACGCGCCGGGCCUUGCUGACUCCACACGAAGGGCGGGCGCACAUGAAGCCCCGCCAGCCGCGGUUAGGAGGGAGGCACAGGGCUGUGCCCCUGCGAGGAUGCAGCCUGCCUGCUUUGCACUCAUCGCCUCCUCCGCCCAGCCCUGCAGAAAAUACUUCUUUCUUAGCGUUCGCUCGGUGACUCAUUUUCAGUUACCUAGACUGUCCAUCUGCAAAUGAGCGCCCAAGAGACAAGGAGCAGCAGGUCAAGGUGCUGGGGAGAGAAAGGUUAGCAGACAUCUUAGCAAGGUCACCGUUCAGAAGCCAACACUUGCCUCUCUGUGGAGCGAAAACACAUCCACGGAAGAAUGACCGUGUUGCUCUGCCCAACUGCUUUCGACACAUGCAAAUAAAACCAAAUCACAGGGAGACCUCAAGGACUCUUAGGGCUUGGUGACUUUGAUUCAAAGGCAGCAAGAACACCAGGCCCACCGCUCCCAGGGGGCAUGUCCCCUGUGGCCCUGCCAGUGAGAGGAGGAUGUGCCACAGCAAGUGGACGAAGCUCCUUGGGGUGAAGGAAUUGAUUCUCCUUAACAAGGCAUUGUCAGAGGACUCCAAAGCUCAGGGAUGUGAUCAGACACAAGUGGAAACAUUUUUGUCGGCAUUAACAACUCAAUCCCAUUAGCCCAGACAAAACUCACAAGGAGAUGAAUACUCAAUAAGAACGUACUGUGUGACAGGUAACCAGUCUGCAUUUCGUCACAAAAGACAUGUUUGUUCUUGAAGACAGUAAAUGAUAAAAUCUGAGAGCAAAGAGUAAAAAGAUAAAAUUCUAAACCAAAUAACCACCGACUAAAAAGAAAUAAAAGCAAAAAAUAAACUAGGUAUCAACUGAGAGAAGACAAUGCUUAUAGAUCAAGAGAAAAGUUACAGAAGGAACCAGAGAAUUUAUUUUAAAGACAACGGAGAACCAAUGGAUUUAUCUCAGAAAUGUAUAAUAAAAUAGACUAAACUAUUUAAUGGGAAAGAAUCUAAUAGAUUUGAGACCAUUUUUUACCCUGCAACUUCAGUCUUUAUUUGGUUGGAACUAACUCCUCUAGGAUUUUAUUUUAAUACAGGAAACAACCAUAAUUCUAUUAACCACCUCAAUGCACUAUUUUUUGGUCUACAUGAAGAUAUAGAAAAUACUAAGGGGGCAUAUUAAGUGUUUAAUGCAAUCAGGUCUAGUGGAAGGAAACUUACCAUAGACAGGAUGUCUUCAGCAUAUAAAUGGACCAAAAAGAAAAGCGUAUUUUGGAAUGGAGAUAUCUAUUUGACUUUAUUUCUGGUGCCAAGGUGUCAAUUAAUACCUGGUUAGUUAGUGGGAGAAAGACAUUCAUUCUGAUUGUCUUCAGGAAUAUAAACACAAUUUGUGUUUGCUUCAACAACUAUCCUUUGCAGACUGUCCCAAGGAAAUCCAUUGUACAUCUCUAUUCACCACUGCAAAUUAGUUCACUGUUCAUCCUAACUAUACAUUCUGUAUUGUACUCUGUUGCAUGAUGGUUAUUUCAUUUUACAUUUUUUGUAAAAUAAAAGAUGGUUGUAAAUAUAUUUUAAAAAGAUAAAUCAUAGAAAUUCACCUUUUGACCAGUAAAAUUUUACUAAACAAUCUCAUCAUAUUUAGUAGCAUUUGUCUUUCAAUUUCAUAGUCUUUUGAUAUGAAUGAAAAUAGUAACUUAUGGAUUAAAAAGUUUUCCAUUUAACCUGACAGGAAAAAUAUUAUAAUUUCUGAAUAGAGGAAAUGAGAUGCAAGUAGCAGUGCUUCCUUCACUGUUGUAAUACUUCAUUUUUAAAAGUAAACACAGUACCAAUCAUCCUUUUGAUUCCAGUGAAUAAAAACGUAAAACUUAAUUUAUUAUCAGUUUGGGAGUCUGGAGCCACAACAGUCCUUUAACAGUAUUGCCUAAUAGACAAAUCCAUCCGAAAAAGGUAAUCACAAUGCAAAACUCUGGCCUGAUUAAAGUGGCUCUCUCUGUUACCAUGGCACCAGAGUCUGCCUUUUUGCUGAGUUUCAAUCUGCCAGAACAACCAAGGUUAGGAUUACAUGUAAACAGAAGGACACAAGGCUGGACGAAACCGAAUAUGGACGAUUAAGCAUUUUUAAGAGUCUGGGUUAUAAUCUUGUUGCAACACAAGUUCUAUCACAUAAUUAAUUUACAGUAGCCAAAAACUUUUCAGCAAAAAAAUUAUAUUAAAAAAAUAUACCGUUAUCCCUAUAUGUUACAUUAACUGUAGACAUCGCAACCACUUACCACUUAAGCCUUGUAUUAACUUAGAAAAGAAUAACUUGUCCCUGAAACACUCUAAAGAGUGAUCAUAUUUCCAUCAAAGCCAUCCUGAACCAGCUCAUCAGCAGCAGUCACUCUGUCAUUUCUUUAACAGGAGUGAAAAUGGUGACAAUGAUUUUUUGAAAAGUGGCUAGAGAACCUGCAUCCACUUGGUGAAGAAAUGGACUUGGGAACAACCGCUGCAUUUUUAUAAUGCUUUUAGUCAUCAAACAUCUGCAGAGGAAGAUGAAGUUGGAUGUCACUUAACACUGAGAGACUGAAAAACUCCAGUUAUCUAGAAACAAAAUGUUAUCAAAAAGAAGAGUAUUUUAUCCAGGAUUCAACUACACAGUGUAGUGCUGGUCUCCCAUCCUCCAGCUCCUUCGCCCCCCCCACCCCCCACCCCGGAAUGGAAAAAGUCACAUUCUUAGCGGUGUCUACUGCUAAGGUGCAAAGGUCAGGUUUGUAUUUUCUGGAUAGCAGCCUUCUCUUUUAGAAAAACACUGAAUUACUAUGAAGAAACAUUCAUUAAUUUACCUGAAACUACCUAAUACCUGGUUAAACCAUGGAAAUUGGAAUUGUCCAAUCAAUUAGGAUGAAUGAACAUGCAUUUGCUGAA